AAAAUAGAGAAACUAAGAGCUGAAAACGAAAAAGCGAGCGAGCAAGCGAGAGAGAGGAAGAUGAAGAAACCAAUUCCUAAAAUUAGGGUUUUCGGCCAGCAAUCGAUCGCCCCUUCUUUCCUUAAUCCUAAUUCGAUUCCUGUGGAAGACGACUCUUCGUCGAAGAAAGUGAACAAGUGCGCUUCGUUUUCAGAGUUUCUCGAUAGCAAGCUUAACAACAAAUCUGUGCUCUUUAAACCCAACAACGCUCAGAAAUCAUCACAGGAAGGACCAAGACUUUUCACCUCAUUGGUUAGCUCCAAGGAUGUGACACAUCUCUCUCAUGGGUUUGGGAUGGAGAAAAAGGCUUCAAAAGAAAAGAAAAUUGGGGAUGGUGGCCUUGAAAAGGCAAUGCUUCGGCAGUUUAAGCCAAUAGAGACCCAGAUAAGCGAACAUGUUGUGAUGAGUAGGGCCGAUGCGAGUCUUGAGCCCUUGGAUCAAGCCACUGCUGAAGAGGUUGAUCUUUUGACGACAAGCUUUACUGAGAUCAAUGAUGAUAUCAUUGUGAAGGAUGAUAAACUAUCAAAGAAGAGAAAAGAUCCUUUCGAAGGCAUGGAGAGCAUGGAUAGAACGAGAAAGCCCGUUUUAGUCUUUGGAGACGACUCAAAGUCGGUGCAAGAGGAAGGUGAAAGAGGAAGCAACAGCACUGGCUGUAAGAAGCAGAAACCCACUUAUAACCAUUAUGCAAAUGGCUCAGGGUUUUGGGACCGUGACAUGGAAGGUGUUGACUCGGAAGAAGUGGGACAUGGUGAAGUGUGGGAAGGAGUUGGUUCGACCACGUUCGGGGAUAUAGUUGAUUGGCACUAACAAGUAACAACCAAGUUGGUCCUUGUCAACCUUUAAUUGUGGCUUAAGAGUCUGAGAAGAGAUCAACAAAUGGUGUAACUAGCGUAGGUUGCAAAGUUCUUUAUUUGGUAUAACUCUGUGGAACGAGA